AUGGUGCUCUCAAGUGGAUGGCGUGCUCUGAUACGCUGUUGUCAGCCGGUGCUCGCGACCCCUAACGUGAGUGCCUCUGACAAGCAAGAGCUUGCUCCCUCCUUCGUCGGCCGCGUCGACGAAGAGGAACUAAACUUGGAGUCAGAGACCAAAGUAAACUACCGCGUCCAUGCUACACUGCAAGGAGACAUCUGCUGGACACCGAGUACGGCGAGCGAGGAGUUCGACCCGGAGUCCCACUCUUGCGCUGACGAUGCAGUCAUUGUUUCGUCAUUUGGGAGCCGAGUCGACGCCGCGGAACUGGAUCUGGACCGAGACGCUGACAUCGUCUAUGAUUCUGCGUACGAAGCAGACAACGAAGAAGACGCGUGGUCAGAAACAGGGUCGGAAGAAGACGCGGACGAAUCUCCUAGAAGUAGCGAGGUCUUGACUCAAGCUGACGAAGAUGGCCAGAGUUUCGAAGGAGACCUUGCUACUACGAACUUCGUCGCGUCGACGCAGACAGGCGAAGACUUCUCUGGAGACGAAUGGGAAAUUCCUGAGGAGAUUUCACCAGCAGAGGGGAUGACGACGAGGACACCAACCCCUCCCGGAGGAUCACCGGGAGAUUGCUGCGGAGAUGGAAAUGAGAAAAAAUCUUCGGUCGAUUCGCAGCCCUCCACGAGAAGGAGCAACCCGUGUGUCAAUCUCUGA